AUGUCAGACAAAUUCAUAAUUGUUCAAAUGCACCAUGGAGGCCAUUUUGUCUUUCAUCCACAUGUUGUUUAUGAGGGUGGUAGGGUGAAUGAAAUAAUUAACUGUGACCUUGGCAAAAUGUCUAGGUUUGAGUUAAAAGACCUUUAUUAUGACAUGGCUUAUAAGGGUUUGGAUUAUAUAGUAGUUUAUGUAGAUAAAGGUGUAGAUCCUAUUAUGGUUUUGUCAUCUAAUGGUGAGUUUUUGUCAAAUCCCAAUGGUGCAGAACAGGGUGGUAAUGCCAUAGGUGGUGGUGACACAAAACAGGGUGGUAAUGCCAUAUGUGGUGGUGAUACAAACAUUAUUGAUAUAAACUUGUUUGAUAUUGACAUCAUAGUUGAUGACAUUGGAAAUAACUCAAAUGAUAGUGCAGAGGUAGCUAAGGAUGAGGAUGUGGGUAAGGAAUGUGAGGGUAGUGAUACACAACAUGAGAGUAAUGAUACACAACAUGAGGAAGGGUUGCAGCAUACUACUGACACUGAGUCUGUAGAAGAGAGAACUGAUAGUGAUGAUUCUGAGGACUUGGACUAUAUAGUUAGUGAAGAAUAUAGUGAUACUGAAACUUCUAAGGAUAGUGUAGAGGAAAGUGAUGACCAAAAUCUUGAUGAUGAUAAUGAAUUGAUUAGUCUGAAAGGGUCUUCAGAUGAGACAGAUGAUGCUGGAUACCCAAAAUACAAAGAAGGGAUGAUAAAGGAUCCCAAACUUGUAGUUGGAAUGAAAUUUCCCAAUCCCCAAGUUUUUAGAGAGUAUUUGAGGGAGUUUAAUGUGGUGCAUGGUUAUGAUAUAAGGUACAUAAAAAAUGAGAGUGCUAGGAUCACUGCUGUUUGUAGGCAUGGUUGUACUUUGAGGAUACAUGCCUCUUCAUUUGGGGGAACCACAACCUUUCGGAUCAAAACUCUAGAGGGGAAACACACAUGUGGAAGGCAUUACAGCAACAAACAAGCCAACUCUAAGUAUUUGGGGAAGAAGUUUGUAGAUGAGGUGAGAGAUGACCCCACCACUAACAUAGCCUCUUUCAAGAAAAAAAUUAGAAAAGAGAUAAUGGUGGAUGUAAGUAGGUUUCAAAUAUAUAGGGCAAAGAAAAAGGCAAUGGAGAUAAUUGCAGGGGAUUUAGCAGAGCAAUAUCACAGGAUUAGGGAUUAUGCAGCUACAGUUAUUAGGAAAAAUCCAACCUCACACAUUUCAAUAACAACUAAUCCUGAAAAGACAGAGCCUACAUUUGAAAGAAUGUAUUUCAGACUUGGUGCACGGAAAGAUAGAUUUCUAACAGUGUGUAGACCAAUAAUAGGACUAGAUGGUUGUCAUUUGAAAGGGAUUUUUGGAGGGCAGCUACUCAGUGCUAUUGGGAGAGAUGGAAAUGACAACAUGUAUCCUAUUGCAGUGGAUUUGGUUGAGAUAGAAUGUAAAGCCCCUUGGUCUUUGUUUCUUCAUGAAUUGAUUAGUGAUAUUGGGAGUGUUGAGGAGAUGGGGUGGACAUUUAUAUCAGAUAGACAGAAGGGGUUAAUUGAAACAUUUGUAGAGUUAUACCUUACUGCAGAUCACAGAUACUGCUUGAGACAUAUGUAUAGUAACUUCAAGACAAAAUAUAGUGGUUGUGUGUUGAAAGACCUGUUUUGGAAAGCUGCAUCAACUGGAAAUGUGCAUGAAUUCAAUUAUUGGAUGAAGAAGAUUGAAGAAACUAAUCCUAAGACUAGAAAUAAGAAGACAGAUGUGGAGUGGUUGAGGGAGACUGAUCCUACUUUGUAG